AUGUCAACAGUAGCUGAAUCAAAUCCAUGUUCAAUUUGUCAAAAAUCUACAGCUAAAUUUUUAUGUGUUGGAUGUAAUACAUAUUUUUGUUCGAAACAUUUCAAAGAACAUGAACAAAAACUUUCAACAAAAUUCGAUCAUGAAAUUAUAAAAUCACAUGAUGAAUUACUUGUUCAAAUUCAAAAAUUAGAAAAAUCAAAUUAUUUAUCAUUGGAUUUAUUCAUUCAAAUUGAACAAUGGAGAAAAAUAACAAUUGAUAAAGUUGAAAAAGCAGCAGAACGAGCUCGUCAUGAACUUAUCGAAUUAUUUGACAAACAGAAAAUAAUAAUAACAAAACAACUUGAACCAGUUACAAAAGAAAUUCAUAGUCGUCGAGAUGAAGAUGAUUUUAUUGAAAGUGAUAUUCAUCGACUUCGACAACAAAUCAAUGAAAUACAACGAUCACUUCAACAAUUGAUUGGAAAAGACACAACAAAAACCAUCAUUGUUGAAGAUGAUAAAAUCGAUUGGAAUCGAAUCAUCUACAUUGAAGACAAACAACAAAAUUUACCAUUUCUACUCAAUGAAAAUGUCAAUGCAAAUGUAAAAUGGAUACAAAAUGGUAUUACUGUAGCUGGAGGAAAUGAACAUGGUAAUGCAAUCAAUCAACUCUAUCAUCCAUGGGGUUUAUGUAUUGAUGAUGAUCAAACAAUUUACAUUGCUGAAUAUUUGAAUCAUCGUAUUAUGGAAUGGAAAUAUGGUGCAACGGCUGGUCGAGUUGUAGCUGGUGGAAAUGGACAAGGAAAUCGCCAUGAUCAAUUGAAUUAUCCAACAGAUGUAAUUAUUGAUAAAGAAAAUGAUAGUCUUAUCAUUUCUGAUUAUAAUAAUAAAAGAGUUGUUCGAUGGUCUCGCCAAAAUGGUACAAUUGGAGAAACGAUUAUUUCAAAUAUUGGAUGUUUAGGUUUGGCAAUGGAUGAUGAUGGAUUUCUCUAUGUUGUUGACCAUGAUGAACAUGAAGUUAAACGUUAUCGAAUAGGAGAAAGUCAUGGAAUUGUAGUUGCAGGUGGAAAUGGUUCUGGUGAUCGUCUCGAUCAAUUGGAUUAUCCACGAUAUGUAUUUGUCGAUCGAAAUCAUUCAGUCUAUGUAACAGAAUAUAAAAAUCAUCGUCUAGUAAAAUGGAUCGAAGGUGCAAAACAAGGAAUUGUUGUAGCUGGCGGUCAUGGUCAAGGACAUAAUCUUACACAAUUAUCAAAUCCUUAUGGAGUUGUCGUAGAUCAAUCGGGUACUGUCUAUGUAGCUGAUUAUUCGAAUAAUCGAAUAAUGCGUUGGACUCAAGGAGCUAGACAAGGAAGUGUUAUCAUUGGUGGAAAUGGUCAAGGAAAUCAAUCAAAUCAACUUCAUAGCCCUAUUGGUUUAUCAUUUGAUCGAGAAGGAAAUAUGUAUGUGAGUGAUAAUGAAAAUCAUCGUGUACAAAAGUUUAAUAUUGAUCGAAAUUGA